AUGGUCCGCACACCAUCACGUGAGGCGGUGCAGCGGCAAUUAGGGCGUUACGUUCGGGAUAUUCACCGUCGACAGCCGCCACUCGCCCCACACGGAGAGCGUAAUUUUACGGGAAAUAAAAGACGUUCCACUGGGAAUAGUAACACUGUAUUGUCAUCAUCAUUAUCAUCAUCAUACACUAGGGUCAAUAAAGGACAUAUCAGUACAAUGGGACAGCAAGGUGUUAGGAGAAAUAUGAGAGAGGAGUAUGUAACGGAUUCCUUUCCCACUGCUGCUUUUACGAAAGAAACACCAAAACAUGGUGAUACUACGCAAGUACAGGGUGACGAUGCUGACGAGGAGCGUGUUAGUAACCCAUACAUACAAUCCGUAUUGAGAGGUACAGAGCAACGAUGGGUGCCACCAUCCCUUUCAGAAUCUCCUUUUGAUUAUAAAAGUCGCAGUCAAAGUCUACAAGAAUACGCUGGAAAACACGCAUCAUAUCUUACUCGUCAGGAUUUGUUGCGUGAAUGGAAGAAAAAAAUGAUGCGAAGUCCUGAUUCCGAUGAGAAACGAAUGUUAUGGUACCUUGGUGCUGCCGAUGAUGAUAAAGAAAAAGAUCAAGAAUCAUAUACUGAGAAAAAAUCUUCUCUUCCUUUAGGUGACAUAAAUAAAAAAGACCAGGCAAAUACAUUAUCAGGACAAACUGGUUUAGGAUCAACAUUUGUAGAUCCUAUUAUAUCACCUAUGAAAUCAGAUGGCAAUGUUGAAACAUUACAUAAUGAAAGGUCUUCCUUGAAACCAAAGGAGUUCAAACAUAGAUUUCACGAUUCAAAAAAGUUAAAUGUAGAAAAAAAAGAUUUUAUUUCACGAGAUGAUGACCACUUUGAAGAUGCUCGAGCUUACCUUUAUGCAUCUUCAACUGUAUCAAAGUCACUGUUAAAUAAUGCAGAAAGUAAAAGAUUAUUUAAAGGGGAUACCUCAGUAUCUUCCUAUAAUAGGCCUACCUCAUCCUUUUAUGUUUCUCAUCCCUCUGGGGUACAGUAUUCAGAGGUAAAAGUAGAAUAUUGCGGUGGUACUGUAGCAACUGCACCUGAUAACAGAGAAUUGCAUUCCCAAUGUAAAGAAACUCCUAGAAGCUCAACUGUUUUUACCUCUUUUAUUAAUAAUAAUAUUGACAACAAUGUUGCAAAUUACCUUAUAUCAAAAGAGGCAGAAUUGGAGGAUGCAUUUGGAACUGUCUGGUUGGUGGAGGCGCAUCAAGCGAAACGUAUGAUUGAUACUAACGCUAAUAAUGCGACGUCGAUCACAACAGCGACCAUGGAUUCUCCGCAAGGAAAAGUUUUUUCUCAGCUAAUAAAAAACUUUCAAAAUCGUAUAUGA